CAAUUCUCACAUAAAGAUUGUGAAAGCGAGAGAUUUGGAGCGGGCCAAGGCCAGCGAUGUGGAGGGGAAAAUUGAUCCCUCGAAUCUGAAAUUGGCCGAAUUGACUUCAAUUGAUGAGGAAAAUUGCAUUAAAUUCGAUAAUUCUGGCGAUCCCUUCGACAAAUCGGGUCUCCAGUUUGUCUCCUUCACAACCCAUGGCCGCCUCCCCCACCGCCCCUUUCCUCCUUCCCACGAAACCCACCGUCGCCGCAGGCGGAAUCCCAUUUCGAACCCUGUGCUUAUCCACCAAGGCCACGCCGCCGCAGCAAGAGGAUGCCGCCUCAACAACGCCGCCGCCGAAGAAGUCCUUCGCCGUAUCCACGGGGGAGUUCUUCAUCGGCAUCGCCUCGCGGCUGGUGAAGAAGGGAGGGAAAUCUGUCAACGGAGUAGGAGUUGAGAAUCCGACCGUGGAGAUGUUCGUGGAGAAGGAGAAGCAGAGGGAUUGGUGUUGGAGGCGGCUGAGGAAGGAGGGGCUUACGGCGGUGGACGACCCGGUUCAGCCGGAGAUCGUUUGGGAGCAGAGGGAGGAAGACGUGGAGGCGGAGCGGCGGCGUAAGGCGUUUACUAGCCCCGGCUUCAGCUUCUCCGCCGCUGGGCUAUUGUUUCCGUACCAUCUUGGAGUAGCUCAGCUUCUCCUUGAGAAGGGCUACAUUAAGGAAACAACACCGCUUGCUGGAUCAUCAGCUGGUGCCAUUGUCUGCGCAACAAUAGCCUCGGGAGCCAGCAUGGAGGAAGCACUAAGAGCGACCAAGAAAUUGGCUGAUGAUUGUCGGCUUCGCGGGACUGCAUUCCGCCUAGGGGCCGUUCUUCGGGAGGUUCUGGACCAGUUUUUGCCGCAUGAUGUUCAUAUCAGGUCCAGUGGAAGAGUUCGUGUUGCUGUCACGCAGUUACUUUGGAGGCCGAGGGGAUUACUUGUUGACCAAUUUGAUUCGAGGGGUGACUUGAUCGAUGCGGUGAUCACUUCAUCGUUUAUUCCAGGAUAUUUAGCUCCAAGGCCGGCAACAAUGUUCCGGAAUCGCUUGUGUAUUGAUGGGGGUUUGACACUCUUCAUGCCGCCCACUUCUGCUGCUCAGACGGUACGUGUUUGUGCAUUUCCUGCAAGUAUGUUGGGGUUGGAAGGGAUCGGAAUUAGCCCCGACUGCAACCCGGAGAAUCGGGGAGGUCCUCAAGAGCUUUUUAGUUGGGCACUGGAGCCUGCAUCGGAUGAAAUGCUCGACCGUUUUUUCCAACUUGGAUAUCAAGAUGCGGCUGUGUGGGCUGAGAAAAACCCGAUUGAAGAAACCGUCCGCGAAGUCGACGAAGGUGCUGCAUGUCUUGAAAAUGGUCCUGCAAAGUAAUGCAUGUGACUAUGAACAACAUUUUGUAGAAUAGAAUACCCACAAAAGGGCUUGGAUUCCAUAGUGAUUAGAAUUCAGAGCAGUGCAGAGCUGUGCAUCCCACAUCGGUUGUGGUAAAAGGGUUAGCCUGAUGCAAGUGUAGUAACUGUUCUUAUAUAUCUCAUGUUAAAUUAAUAUUUAUUCUUUUAUGGGGAAGGUCUGUUAAGACAGCUUGCUGUUUGAAUUGAGCACACCCAACUGACUAUUUA